UAUUUCAACUUCCGCUUUCCGGUAAGCGUGCUAUCUCAUCCUGUGACAUUGGUGAAUGUUUAGAAAAUUCUUCAAAAAUGGAUACUGAUCUCAAUCAAACGCCGGCGUACUUUUUGCUGUAUGAAAACGUAGAAAACAUGAAAGAAAUCAAAGAGCUGUUGCUUAAAAAUGAGCUAAACGCAGCCGUUAUAAAUCCAGAAUUUGUAUAUCACAAGGACCAACUUUUAUUGGCUUGCCACAGAAGUUUAUACAACGAAAAGAACAACCAGAUGAAAACCAAAUCCCUUUUUACAGAACUAUUAUACAAUUUGUAUCCAAACAGACGUAUCAGUGAAUCUUUAAAGACACUAGGCGUACAAGAGAGUGGUUCUGCAGCUAUUUUUGUUGCUUUUCAGGAAUCUGCGGUACAAAAUCUGAAAAGUUUCAUCAAAGGACAAUGUGUUUCUCUGAACCGUAUUUCUCAAUUAAGAAAUGUGGAAUCUAUCCGGAAACUGUACAAAGUACCAGAAAAUAUCAGUGACGAAAAUGCAGUUUUAGGUUGUAUAUCAAUGAAACUGGCAACCAAAGAAUUAUUGAUAUAAAAUAAAGUAUUUAUUUAUUUUUUAA